CUGCCUUUGGUCUCUACUUUCCCAGGAAAGAGUACUCAGAGAAUGUCUACAUUGAUCAGCCAGCAGGUAUGCCACUUCUGCGCAUCCAUGCCUUGAGGGAUUCACAUGGGGAAGUAGCCCACUUUCAUCUGUGCCAGAAUCUCAUAAUUUCUCGAGCAAGAUCCCAUGAAAAUCAUUGGUUUCAAAUCAGAGAAAAAACAGGACUUCUCUACCUCAGCAAAACCCUGGACAGAGAAGACUUUAACAUGCUAUCUGUAGGACACUGGAUGCCAUUAUCAAAGGUGAUGCUAUAUGUCUUCCUUUCAUCCCACCCUUUCCAAGAGAAGGAAUGCGACUCUGCUACGCGCACUACAGUUUUCCUCUCUGUGAUCAAUGCUACUGCACCAGUUUGCAGUGCCCUGACAGCAAGGCAGCUUUGCUUCACAGAGAUGGAUCUGUCCUUUCACAUCAAGGAGAAUAAACCACCUGGCACAUUUCAUCAGCUCCAGUUACCCUCAGUUCAUCACCUGUGUCAGAAUCUCAGCAUUUCCUACAAACUGCUGGCAGCUGAAGGUGUGCCCUUUCGAUACAAUGAGAACACCACUGAGGUGAGUGUGACACAGCGCCUAGAUCGAGAGGAGAGAGAGAGAUACGAGCUGAUUGCCAAAUGCACCGUGAGAGAGGGCUUCAGGGAAAUGCACAUCGAGGUGCCCUUCCUGGUGAAUGUGUUAGAUGAAGAUGACUCUCCUCCCUUCUUACCCAAUGGCACUGAUACUGCAGAUGCUGUCGUGGAGUUCAACAGGAAAGAGGGGACUGUUCUUGCAACGCUAAUGGUCUACGAUGCAGACACCACACCUAUUUAUCCCCUUGAAAGCAGCAGAAGGAAAUACACAGGAACCAUCAUUACGGAUGAUCCCUGGAUAAGUGAAAUAUUUCGGGUAGAGCACGUCUUUGAUGAAAUCCACUUCAGCCCAAAUGGCAGCCAAGUGAGGGGAACUCGACAUGAGUAUAAACUGGUACUGAAUAAAAGUAUUUCAGUCACAGACCAUCGUUCAUUUCAGUUGGAUAUUUUGGUGAAUGACACAGAAUUUCAUGGCCUAGAAAGAUCGGUGAUGCUUCAUUUCAAUGUCUCCAUCCUCCCUGUCAGUAUUCAGUUUCCAAACACGACUUACCAGUUCUCAGUGAACAGAAAUGCUGAACGCUUUGCACAAAUAGGAAAAAUCUGCAUUGAAAACUGUAUGAAAUUCCGCGGUGUGAACAUCACCUACAAGUUACUGCCCCCCAAUAUAAGCUGCUAUCCUGUCAACAUACUUCAAGGCCGAGAAGACAAAUAUGGAAGCCUCUAUGUGAAUGAUUCCUCUGUGCUGCGCAGACCCGAGUGCAAGGAAAUACAGUACACUAUUCAAGCUACAGACAAGCAGAGCAAGAAACAUACCAAAACCCUCCUCACUAUUGUAUUGGAAGGAACUCUUUUAAAAAAAGAAGAGGACUGCCCUGAUUCUUGUGCUGUGAGUAAGCACCAUGCCGAGUGUGAGGAGUGUGGUGGCCUGGGAGUACUAACAGGAAGAUGCCAGUGGAGACAGGGGAGUGGAAAAGGAAUCACCACAAACUAUUCCACAUGCACCCCAAAUAUCAAGACUUGCCCGGAUGGCAUCUGUGAUGUGAUUGAGAGUAAAGAUCUGGCUGUGUGCCCCCAAGACUGCACAA